AUGUAUCUUAAUGAGAAUAAAUUCUCAGGUCAAAUUCCUACUAAUAUUGGGGACUUGAAGUCUCUCACUGAUCUUGUGAUGACAAACAAUCACUUUUGUGGUUCUAUUCCUUCAUCACUUGCCAAUCUGAGCAACCUACAAUAUAUGUAUCUCAAUGAGAAUAAAUUCUCAGGUCAAAUUCCUACUAAUAUUGGGGACUUGAAGUCUCUCACUUAUCUUCACAUGAGCCAAAAUCAACUUGGUGGUUUUAUUCCUUCAUCACUAGCUAAUCUGAGCAACCUACAAUAUAUGUACCUCAAUGAGAAUAAAUUCUCUGGUCACAUUCCUAAUGAUCUCGGGAAUUUGAAGUCUCUCUAUGGUAUUGAGGCGAUUCAGAAUCAACUUAGUGGUUUUAUUCCUUCAUCACUAGCAAACCUGAGCAAUCUACAAUAUCUUUACCUUGCUGAUAACAUCUUAUCUGGUUCGAUUCCACAAGGAUUGGGAAGUCUAGAAUUGUGUCACCUACAAAUGUUCGAUAAUCAAUUAUCUGGCCAUUUGCCUGAAGAUUUGUGCCAUGGAGGAAAGCUUCAAAUUUUCACAAUAGAUGGUAAUCAACUCACUGGGCCUAUUUCAAGAGGCUUACGGAAUUGUUCUAGCUUAAUUAGGACUCGUUUUGAUCAAAAUCAAUUCAUUGGAGAUGUAUCCAGUAGCUUUGGUAUCUAUCCACGCUUAGAGUACCUUGAUAUCAGUCACAAUAAUUUUCACGGGCAGCUUUCUCAAAAGUGGAGUAAAUGCAAUCAUUUGACAGCCUUAUUGAUGGCCUAUAACAACAUCAGUGGUAGCAUACCACCAGAGUUUGCAAAUUCAACUCAACUACAAAGGCUUGAUCUUUCUUCCAAUCAUUUGGUAGGUGAAAUCCCAAAGGAGUUUGGGAAGAUGAAAAGUAUGUUGAAUUUGUCUUUGGCUAAUAACCGUCUUUCAGGUAUUAUACCUACAGAGCUCGAAUAUUGUGAACUCCUUGAAGCACUCGAUCUAUCCACAAAUAGAUUGAAUGGGUCAAUACCGAGAAGUAUUAGUCAAUGGAAGCAUAUCCACUACUUAAAUCUUAGUAAUAACAAGCUUAGUGAGAAAAUUCCAUCCGAAAUUGGUAAAUUAGUUCAACUUACAGAAUUUGAUUUAUCUCAGAAUUUGCUCACACAAGAGAUACCAUCUGAAGUUGAAAGUUUGAAAAAUCUACAAAAGUUGAAUCUUUCUCACAAUAGACUGUCUGGUUCCAUUCCUAACACUUUUACAAGUUUGCCCAGUGGGAUUGACAUCGACCUGUCCGACAAUGAGCUCACAGGUCCAGUUCCUCUUUGCUCUAACUUUCUGAACGCAUCUUUACAAGGCAAUCCAGGUGGUGAUUAUUUCUCCACAACAAGUUUUGAUGGAGGAGUAGCAUAUGAUGAUACCUUGAAAGCAACAGAUAAUUUUGAUGAAGCAUAUGCUAUUGGGACCGGAGGAUAUGGGACUGUGUACAAAGCCCAGCUACAACCUAACAAUGUGGUAGCUGUCAAGAAACUUCACUCAUCAUCUGAGAAUGUUGAUCAAAAUGGAUUCCUUAAUGAGGGAAGCCUUGGAUCAAUCUUAAGAAUCGAUGACUUAGCAAAAGAACUGGAUUGGUUGAAAAGGGUAAGUAUUGUAAAGGCUGUAGCUAAUGGUUUGGCUUAUAUGCAUCACGAUUGCUCACCUCCUAUAAUUCAUAGAGACAUUUCCAUUGCCAACAUCCUUCUUGAUUAUGAUUAUGAGGCACACAUUUCUGAUUUUGGCACAUCCAAGCUUUUGAAGUUACACUCAUCCAACUGGACCACAAUCGAAGGAACACAUGGCUAUAUCGCACCAAAGCUUGCUUAUACGAUGGUGGUGACGGAGAAAUGGUGA